AUGUCGCUGUACUGGGAGCAACAGCAGUCGGCAGCGGAGCAGCCUAACGGCGCCGCUCAGAACCAACAGAGCCAGUGGGAUUACAUCCAUCUCGGCAGCCACAACAAUCCGCAAUAUCAAUGGAAUCAACAGCCUCAGCAGCAUCAAUACCAGGUUUGGCUUUUUUUAUUCGAUGUUCAAAUUGCGCAUUCUUCAGCUAUCCGCUCCUUAUCAACAAAACCCUGCUCAAAGUCAACAGUUUGGAUAUCAGCAGUACCAAGGCCAGAAUACCAGUCACGGUAAACUUUUUUUUUUCCAACUCGAAUUCAUCUUUUAACUUUUCAGGAUAUGCACAUCCUCAGCAUUACGACGCAAACGCAUGUCACAAUCAACAACAGCCUCAACACCAAUAUGUUAACGUUUUAAAAAUUUUAGAAACCUUGUAAAAAAUUUUCAUUCAGCCUCAUACUAACAUCGCUCAUGGACAAGUUCAUGUGCAACACACGCCAAUUUUAAACGCCCCCAAAGCUCAAAAUGAAACGGCAAGUUUUACUAUAUUCUCCUUUCGAACUUUAGCCAAAAUUUGAAUUGGAACUUAUAAAACAAUUGAACGGGUCGGUGUGGAUGCUUAGUUUAGAAUACCGUAAGGACUCUUAAUUUCUAUCAAUUCCGCAUUUCUAACGCUUUUUCAAUCUGCGGUUUUUUAAUUCUUUCAAAAAUUGCAAUUCCAUUUGCAACCUUUUUAAAGACCGCAUUUUCUUUAAAAAAAAAAACUGCAUGAUUUUUUUUAUUUCCUUAAAAAGUUUAAUUUGUGAUUUCACUUUUAUCCCCUUUGUAGAGCCAGACGUUUGAAACGACAACCGCUGUUGCGACGCAAGAACAGACAUCUACUUUUGUUCAUUCUCAGGUCGAACCGCAAUCUGUUUCUGUCUCAAAAUCGGAUUCUUCCGAAGACGACUGGGAAAAGCCUUCCGAUUUUGUGAAGGUAUUAUUUUCCAACUCCAAGAUAACUUUUUUUUCAUGCACGAAGGCGUGAUCAGUUUUUUUUUUUGUGUUGUUUCGUGAAGCAAACAAGCCGACCCGAUCAGAAAAGUGAAACUGAAAUACUUGAUUAACGACUCUUGAAAAAAAUUUCUUUUUUUGCAUAUUUCAAGUUUAUUUACAGGUUGAAAUGAAAGAGGAACCGAAUAGUUUUGUGAUGCCGGAUGACAAAGGUUUUUCUGCUCUAAAUCUUCGAAAAUUAUAAUUUCUAUUCAGCAAGCCAAGAAUCGCGAGAAUCGUCCCUCGGAGGAUCUUGGUCUCAAAAUGAAGGAUCCGAAGAACGCAACCCGCUCGAACAAAAUGAAGAACAGUAUCAAAACGGUUUCUUUUCGCUUAUUUGGUUCUUCACACUUUUCAUAAAAUUAAGAUAAUCGUUCUGGUUGGGAGCAAAAUCAAGGCGUCGUACCUGUUGCAAAAACUUCGAAACCAAUGCAGCUUAAAGUAAGCUGACGGCAAAUGAAAAUUUUCAUCACAAAAAUCGUGCUUAAGAAAGCAACAAAUAUUGUGAAAGCUCAACCAACGACUGCUGCUUCUUCUGAACCUUCACAAGCUCCAAUCGUUCACAUUGAUUUUGAAAAUUUAACGGUACUGUUGAUUCCUGCCGUGUUUCAGACGCCAAGUUAUUUCUAGGUCUCUGCUGCAGAAAACACCGCGUCUCCUGGGAUAAAACGUGUAGUCUCGACAGAAACCUUUGACAGAGUCAGUUUUAUUUUCAACUUGCUUCGAAUCUUUAUAUCAGGCUUUCCAACAAUUUCUUUACAGCUCGAAAUGGGAACGAAUCUGGAGAAAAAGGCUGGAGAUUUCCAUAAAACCCAAGAGAAACUAGAAGCGACGCCGGAAAAGAACAUCUUUGAGAACUUUGACAUAAUCAAUCCUGGCGAGGCGCAAGCUACGAGUACCCCGAUAAGGGAUUCGCAAAUGAUUGCAGCUGUAGCGGGUGUUGAGAAAGUCGCUGAAAACCCAAAGCUGUCACCAAAUAAAAACAGGUGUGAAUCACAUGAACUGAAACAACCGCUCUUUCAUUCAAUUCAGACAGAGUUCUAUAUCGUCUUCGGUUCAACAAGAAGAUAACUCUGAAGACAACAGUGACAGUUCUUCUCGCGUUCCGCAGGUAGAAAGAGGCAGCAUCCGGGCCAGUUAUAGGAACUACAAGCAACAGUGGGUUACCAGACAACUUAUCUUUAUUUUUCUCUGUUAUCAGGUACAAGGAUAUUGUAAAUCGCUUGAAUGGCUAUCGUGUUGAUGUCAACCGACAAGAAUUUCGUCCGUCUUCAAAACUGGCUAAUCCGUUGGUUGCUGCUGCACACCUAGGGUAGGAGAAUAAAAGCUAUUUUACUAGAAUCUUUCUAUUUUCAGUAUGUCUCAAGGACCGGUUAGAAGUGAAACGGCUCACAACUUGUCGAUUCCUUGUAAAUUGAAUUAAUCCUAGAAUCUUUUCUCAUUAUUAAAUACUACAGCUAAUAUGAGUGACUCGAUGGGACGUCGUUCGGUUCCGUUGCCACCCAACCGUUACUCCGAAGACUUGAUGAACAUGAACCGAAGGUUUCGGCUCUUAUAUCGUCUUGAGUUGUAAUCUCAACUUUACAGACAGCGUCAAAGCAGAUUGGACUCUCAAAGACCUUCGUCGCGCACGCAAAUAUCCGCCUACACAGCGGUGUCGGAAGAAUAUCCUUCUGCUCCUGUUGACCCAAGGCUACAGUAUGGUCAAUAUCCGCCUCAAAGGUAGUUUAGAAAGAAGUUUCAUCAUCAAACAAAAAUCUGCAGAUACCAUCAAGGACGCUACAGCGCCAUUGGAGCUCCAUAUAGAACGGAGUACUACGACCAAAGGAGGCCUCAGUCAACUUAUGCGAUGAUGCAAGGCACAGAAUUCGGGGGCUAUCCUCAGGAGCCUAACGACGGUUCCAGUAGCAUGUCGGCGUCGGACGAAGAAGUCGAGGACGAGCAGGGCGAAAGCGAAGACGAGCUCCGGCGUUACAACAGCCAGGUUAGAUAUGAAACUACCACCGAACUAGAAACAUCAUUUGUAGUUUUUUUUUAAUCUUGAAACACGUGAAAAUUUAGUUUUACGGCUUAAAUAAUCUGAAAAAACUUCUUAAAGCAAGUUUUUAGGAAAAUGAUAAGUAUCCAGCUUAUUUUAAAUUAACGAAUAAAAUGAAGUUAUUUUUUUUGCAAUUUCCCUACUCUCCUUUUUGAAUGAAUAUAUUUAGAACCGAAGUCAGAUGCUGCCUCCAGGAUAUCCACAGGCACCUCAACCAGGAGAUGGCGGAGAAAUGUAUUACUUUGGCGUUGUUCAUUUGGAUAUGGUUCGUUCAUAAUUAAUGCUUUGAAUUCUCCAUUAUUUUCAGGAGAUCGUGAGCCGUAUAAUGAAGAACAUCCCGCCUCCUCAAGGUUAUUUCCUCCUGCCAGCGAUUGAAAAGGCCGCUUUUUUGUUCUACGCUGCUGUUUACAAAAACCAGUACCGCAAUGUUGACGAAUUCCACAAACGAUUCAAUCGGGAAUUUUAUAAAUAUGUGUGCGCUGGAGACAGCAACGACACCGCUCUUUGGAAGGUUUGAAAAGUCUGGAGGUUGAGAAAAAAAUGGCCUUUAAGAUCUGCAAAUCGAUGCAAGACCAGUAUCAUUCUCGUCAGUUGGAAAAGUCUCAGAAGGCUUACGAAGCCUCGCAAAAACAUUUGUUCAGUGACGAUCACGAAAGCAUCGACGCGUAAGUUCAGAAUAAUUUUCUGUGUGUGUCUACAAAUUUAGUUAGAUUUUUGCCGAAAUUGCUACUCCUUGAUGUUCUUUUUAUAACACAAUAAAUACUGAUUUCUUCAGAUUCAUGUCAAAAUAUAAAGUCCUUUUUGUGUCAUGAAAAAGUUUUUCAAGUUUACGGAAGAAGUUUUUUUCCAGACAAAAAGUAAUUUUAAAAGUAAAUAAACAACAUUCAGCGACGGCCAAAGUGAAAUUAGAGCGGAGGCGCAGCUCGGCCGCACGAUUUUUAGUCGACGAAUGACAGGGCGCGUGAUUUUAAUAACUGUGGUCUUUUCACCUUUUUCGGGCAUUUUUUGAUGGGAUGUUUUGGUUUGACACUGAAAAAGUCCCCUACGGCUUUCACACUUCUCUGUUGUGCUUGUUUCUGUUUUCGUACAGUCUAUCUUCGUUUCCAGUGGCAUUGUUUCUUGAAAAUAAAUUUGAUUUCCAGGCAAAGCGAUGCCGCGAGCAACUAUGACAAAGAUGAUACCUCCAUACAGAGCUUCGAAACUCAGAAUAAAGGUAAAGAGAUAAAAUUGUAGUUCAGUCGAUAACUUUUUCAAACAAAUUUUCGAAGUGAUUUUGAGCAGCUUUACCAAUUUUUUCAAAAUUUUGUUUAUUAUGGUCUUGAUUUUAGGUCCCAUGAAGUUCUCGUGUCCGCACACCUUGAUGUCAUUUGGUGUCGGUGGCAAAACUGUGACAGUUUGUCCAGAUCAAUCAGUUUCCGUCGUUUUCCUCGACGAUCUGAGAAACAUGCUAGGCGACAUCUCCAGCUUGCGAAUUGUGGACACUGCGCAGCACUUCAAAGGUAGUCGGAAAACUUAAAUAUUUAUGGAACAAUUAAUCAUUAAGGGCCUUUGAUCCCUGGACAGACUCCAACUCACUCGGUUCGGCUAUACAUUCAGAGGCAGAUCGAAUUCAUUCGAUCUACCGAUGUUGCUCGAGAAAAUCCUUUGGACAACGACGUGGUCGAUUCCUUGUUGGUCUGGCAGCUUCUUGAAAUGAUGGUCCAGCAGCAUGGGGUUAGUUUUUUCUUUUUUAUUGCGGUUCCAGUAGCACAAGAUACAUUUUGUGAGCUUCGAAGCUUAAUCAAUCAAUUGAUCAAAAAAGGAACAUUAGACAAAAAAAAAAAAUUAAUCCGUGAUGAGUUGCAGCGUGUUACUGGUCCUGAUGUAGCACGUCUUCUGUCCAACGCCAUUUCGACCUCCCUCAGUGUUGUCCAAGAGAACGCACCUCCUCCAAUCCAGCCGGAGAACCUGAAAAGAUCGCUGGAGCGUUUCACGGAAUUCCUUCUUGGUGGUCAUAUUGAUGUGAGAUUCUUCAUUCUACCCAACUAUCAAAGUAUCUGUAGGAAGCGAUUGAAAGCGCUGUCCGUGAUGGACUUUACUCCGAUGCCAUGGUUCUCGUUCGAAGGCUAUUUCCUAACAACCAGAAAAAGAUUGCUGCAAUUGAAGAACGAUUCUUACUGACUCGUUCUAUGGAUAACCCUGUCACAACCUUAGUCUCUGUGGCAAGCGAACUACCCCCACCAAUUUUGGUCUGAUCAGUUCUGAUGGAGCUUUAAUUAACUUAUUUUGCCUUCUAGACAAAUCCUCCUCUUGACGACCACAUGAGCUGGAGAAUGCACGCCGCUAUUGUUUUAGCAAAUCUGAACACACCGACUGCCAUGAACACUGUAAAAAAUGAAUAAUUUCCAUCAAAUACAGUUCUCAUCUAGGUUUAUCACCUUGGAAGAGCUCUGGCAAAGAGGGACUAUCACUGCGCAGCGGACUUUUGCUUGCUGGCAGUUUGUGUUUUGGCCGGCUACGAUCCUUUCCAGCCAGUAAAAGGAGUGUGAGUGUUUUACUGCAUUCUUCAGCCACUUAUGAGGAGUUUUCAGAGAAGGCGAGGAAGAUGUCCGCAGGCAUAUCUCAUUGUUGCACUCCGGCAUCCCAGAUGAUUGCGUAGACGUGAUCUGUCCUUACGGGUUAGUCUCUCAAGUAGAAAAGGCUGCUAUCAUUAAACUUUUUUGUAGAUUUGCGAUCCCAGACUUGCACGCAACGGAAAUUUUCGACUACGCUUUGCGGUUGGCUCAGACAGAUUCGCCCCUUUCUCGCUCUGUCGAGUAUCAAACUUCUCGUAUCAAAUACGCAAAACUUCUGGCGGGCUAUGGCGGUUUUGCAACCGACGCUUUCCGGUUUGACGAUCAUUCCCGUCAUAAAAAAUGAAUUUCUUCUCAGAUACUGUCUUGAAAUCGCGCGCGCUAUCUGGCCAUUUUAUCAGAGCUUCGAGAAGGCUGAUCUUCUUGAUUUGUGCAAUGUGGCUGAGAGGUGAAAACGAAGUUUUUUUCUCAAUUUUUUUCUUUCUUAUAGAUUGCAAUAUGUUGCCUCUGCUGAUCAAUCUGAAACGAAUUGGAUUGAAAGCUUGCGGACAAUGAUUUUUCAAGCUCCCGUUGCUCAAACAAAAACCGAAGAAAGUGUCCAAACUGCUCCGACCGCUUCUAAUGAUCAAUAUCACGCCGAGGUGAUUGUAAUUAGUUAUUUUAAUUAUUUUAUCAUUUUAUCAUUUUUUAGGUUCAGCAGCAAGGAUUGGUUCAACAAAACUUACAAGAGUUUGAAACUGCUCCAGCUCCUGUUGUAGAGGGUCUCUACAGUUCUUUCAAAAGAGAUUCAUUGGUUUUUUAAUAAUAGUUAAACCUGAAACUAUCCAAUUUUUAGCAAACAAGCGAAUCAGUAAAUCAUCCGAUGGAGAAUUUCGCUACUGGAGAAAGUCUUCAGUCUUCAGUAGAUCCUUUCAGUCAACCUGAGCAGGCUUUAGAAACUCCCGCACAGCCUCAUUUUGAAGAACCAGUCGCUGCAUGGGUGCGAUAGGCGCAACUUAUUCCAACCCCAACCACGUUUUUUUUUUCAGGCUCCUGAUCCUGUGAAUACUCAAAAUGCACAAAUUUCACAGUUUGACUUGCAUCAUCCUCAGCAACAGCAUCACGAUGUGCCCACCAUGACAGUCCCUCCAGUUCAAGCUCAACAGUUCUCUCCCAUAGCUCAUGCUCCACCAGCUCCAGCUUCCCAGGUUCAAAUUAUUUUUUGCCAGUUUUUGAAUAAUUUUAUUUCAGGCUCAACAGCAAUUACCAGCUCAGUCUCAACCUCAAGCACAAAGUAGCUCCAAUCAGAAAAAACCGGCAGACAACAAUCCUGAGCUCAAGGUCAGUCAUUUUUCUUCAUUACUAUGACUAGCCAGGAUUGUUUUCCAAUUACUAUUAAAGCAGCCACACGCUUUCAGAACAGUCCUUCAAGAGGAUGGCUUGGAUCGAUACGAGAAAAAGUGACAAAAGCCAUACCCAAGCCCAACAGUAUGUACCUGCCUGAUGACAAUAAACCACAGGUAAAAAAAAUUGAGAUUUUUUUUAAUGAUACUUUUUAACAGCUUGAAAAAGUCCCAAAAUGAACCACUAAAACUUUUUUUCGAUGUCUUCGAUUUCAGAUCAUUUGGGACCCAGUUCAAAAGCGCUACAUCGGGGAAGGUGUUGAAGAAGAAGUCGCGGCUCCGCCUCCACCGACAAUGCAAACACUACCGAGCGGACCGCCCGCUAGUUCUGGAGGACUGAGAUCAGCCAGAACUACUGGAGGUGAUUUGAUUUGAACCAAUAAAAUUUAUAAAGCACCAAUUAUGUUGAUGGUGCCGGUUUUCAACAUACAUUAAUCUCAGACAAUUCAUGACUUGAUGGCUUUUUCAAAAAAAUUUAGUUUCUGGAAUUAAUGAAAAAAAAAUUUUUAAUAGAAGUUUUGUGGAGCGCAGUUCAUACCUUGAGGUAGUAAUGUACUAAAUUUAAAUUCCAGCGUCGCGAUACUUCCAAGCCGGUCAGUCAAACGAUGCUGCCGCUAAAGCGCCGGCCGCCAUGGCGCCUCCCAUGCCAUUGCCGACGUCUUUUGGCUUCAUGCCUGCUCCUUCAGGUUCUUUAUUUUUUUCCCUACCAACGCAAAUUAUACUUUUCAGACGAUUCCGAGUACGUUGAUCCGUUCAGUGGCGAAGCCAAUCCUUCCAUUCCAUUGGAUUCUACUCCCAAUGAACCCCGAUAA